CCAGACCUCACCCCUUCACGCCCCCCAGUCUCCAGUGUGCGCUCGUCCCAGCCUGAGGCCGCCGCCUCCGGGAAGUUCUCCCGCCUUGCAGCCGCCGGCCCGGGAUCCCGCGUAGUCCCUCCCGUGUGUUUGUGCGGAAUCUUCGGCGCGGCGGAGCCUUGGAGGGGCCAGUCUCGCCCCCUGGCCCCCUUGCUUCCCGCUGGGGGUCCUGCGAUGGGCGUGGGGUGGUGGUGCCAUUGUGCAGAGCAUAGGCUCCGGAGUCCCGCGGCCUGGUUCGAAUCCUUGUUUUGCUACUUCCUGGCGCUGGGACCCAGAGCAAGAAUGAUCACCAAGACCCACAAAGGAGAGCUGGGCCUUGGGCUCCCAGAGAAGAAGAAGAAGAAGAAGAAGGUAGUCAAAGAACCAGAGACUCAGUACUCGGUUUUACACAGUGACAAUUAUUUCACUGAGGUUUGUCCCACAAGAGCCACGUCCCCCUCGAAGAAUGUGGUCCAAGGGCAGGCACCCGAGAUGCCUCUAGUGAAGAAAAAGAAGAAGAAAAAGCAGGGCCCCGGCACCCUCUGUGAGGAGCACGUAGAACCUGAGACCACGGUGCGUGCCAGGCGCACAGAGAAGUCGCCCAGCCCCGGGAAGCAGGCUCUUGGUCCGUCUGAGUUUGUCAGUGGGGAGAAGAAAAAGAAGAGGAAGGCCUCGUGGCCUCUGGCCAUGUCCCCUAGCUCGAGGGUGAAGACCUCCCCAGACCCCAGACAGGGCGAAGAGGCAACCAGAGAUGGCAAGAAGCUCAAAAAACACAAGAAGGAGAAAAAGGCCCAGGAGGCCACGGCCUUCUCAGCCAGGGACCAUUGGUUCUGCGAGGCUGGGGAUGCUCUGUACCCUUACUCAGUGGGGAAGGAUGGCGGGGAUCAGGCAGUCUCGGGGCAGAAACGGAAACAGGGGAGCCCCAGGGAACACAAUGUGAAGAUGAAGAAGAAAAGGAAAAUCCACCAGGAGGAAGACACCCCCUUAGGGCACCCCGAGCUCCCCAGGUCCAUAAAGAAGAGCCCUAGGAAAGGAAGUAAAAAGAAACCAGUCAAAAUCGAGGCUCCAGAAUACAUCGCAAUAGAAGAUGACACCAAGGCCCCUGCGAAGAAGAAAAUGAAGUCCAAGAAAAAGGCAGAGCAGCCAGGCAUUGAAGAGCCAGCUCUGAAGAGGAAGAAAAAGAAAAAGAAGAAAGAGAGCAGAGUAGCAGGAGAACCUUGGGAGGAGGAGCCGGACACAGACUUAGAGGUGGUACUGGAGAAGAAAGGCAACAUGGACGAGGCGCACAUAGACCAGGUGAGGCGGAAGGCCCUGCAAGAAGAGAUCGAUCGGGAGUCGGGCAAAACGGAAGCUUCUGAAACCAGGCACUGGACGGGAACUCAGUUUGGCCAGUGGGAUACUGCUGGUUUUGAAAAUGAGGAACAGAAACUGAAAUUUCUCAAACUUAUGGGUGGCUUUAAAAAUCUGUCCCCUUCAUUCAGCCGCCCCCCUAACCUGAUCGGAAGGCCCAACAUGGCCCUCAACAAGAAGGCAGCCGACACGCUGCAGCGGAACCUGCAGCAGGACUACGAGCGGGCCAUGAGCUGGAAGUACAGCCGGGGGGCCGGCCUCGGCUUCUCCACCGCCCCACACAAAGUCUUCUAUAUUGACAGGAACGCUUCCAAGUCAAUCAAGUUUGAAGAUUAAACUCUGCUGUCUUGUCCCCCCAAAACAGCCAGAAUUGCUUUUAUUAUUCAGUUAUGCAGAUGAAAGCCAUCUGAGGGUUGUCUGGCAUCGAACUCCUGCACAGAUUAAGGACAAGUAUGUUGAUGUGCUUGGACAAACCGGGGUGGGGGCAGCUCAUGUUUCGGGAGCCAAGAGAACGUGGGAGUGGCUAAACCCCACUAUUUUCUGUUAGCCUUCCAUCCCUGCUGGAAGACAUCAGCGUGUAUAAAUAAUAACAGCGAAGACUUGUGGAGGACUCGGUAUGUGCCAGGCACAUACUGAAGUGUUUCCCUUGCAUUAACGUAUUUAAUCUUCAUAAUUAUGAAACAGGUGCUAUUAUUAUCCCCAUCUUCUAGAUGAGGAAACUGAGGUUCAGGGAGGAAGUAAUAAAAUUGCCUGGGGUCACCCAGCCAGUAAGUGCCAGCUGUUGUGCUUUGUACCCCACGCCCUACGUCACUCUUCACUACUCUGAACGCCCCCUCUAGUAAUCCCUGGAAUACUCACUGGGGAUUAAACUCUUGAUUGAAGAAACAGAAGUUUAUUACAUGUCUGAAUCCCAAACAAACAGAAGCAGAGUUAGUGAUAAAGGGGAUGAGCAAGCUCAUUUUCCCUUCCCCGUCUUAACGUAGCUGCAGGCAAAGAGGUGACUGAAUUGCUCUCAAGUAGAUGUUGCUGAGUUUCCUCUGCUCCUGGGAAAUGUGUUUCUAAACCAAUCUUGCCUUUUCCAGCUGCCUGCCUUCCACCCCCAGUGCUGAGCUUGGAUUUAAUCUUUUUCCUUUAACUGGAUUCUGGACAUGGCAGUUUAGAAAGCAGUUAGUGCUCCAUUGGGAAAUCCCCAGGGAUGUGUUGAUUAGGUAAGUUUCAAUCAAUCACAAGGAAGAGAAUCCGAGGUGACUUCUGUGGGGGAGGUCGAGUGGCAGGAAGCAUGGACACGUGGGGAUGACACCGGAAGUUGCCUCGUCAGCUGUAGGGACAAUGUUUCUAAGCCUGGACUCCAGCCAGCCUCACAGAGCCCCAGGUGCAAUGGCCUGAGCGACAUAUGACCACCCUCUCUCCAUUCACCUGGCAUUUUGUUUCCUAAAAUAUAGGUUCUGACUGGGACAUUUUCAUAUCACUUGGUCUGAAUGCCUCCUACAAAUAUCCCAUCUCAGGCAGGCCUCAUCAGCCAGGAAAUUCAAUCUCACGUGGCAGAAAGUCCUGAUGUGUAGAGGGUUGAUUCAGCAGCUCACCAAGGAAACGUUCUUUACCUCUCUGCUCCAUCACUCUCAGUGUUGGCUUCAUCAGGCUGGUGGAAGAUGACUGUAGCAAUUCAAGACAGCAUAUCGAAACACUAGAACAUUCCAGAAGAAGAAAAACCUUGUGGCUCAAGGAAACUUCCAGAAACCCCUCAAGAGACCUUGCGUCAUAACUCUGCCCAGCAAUGGGUCAUAUGCCUAUUCCUGAACCAGCCUCUGGCAUGUGGAGCAAAAUUUUCCUCAGGCCAGUCAGGAAGGAAGAGUGAGGAGCGGAUGUUAGCGAGACAAACGUGGGGUCCACUACUGCCCCACUGGGCAGAGGUGAGGCAGGCCUGCCCGGGUCUUGACCAACAGCUUGGUCAGGUCAAGAGUUCUACAAAUCUGCGGUAGCAGUGACUCGGGUGGCCUGUUUCCCUCAGAACGUGAACUUGGCCUUUCACGGAUUCAACCCUGAGAUACAUAAUGGAAGAGGGCAUCUGAAUGCCUAGAAGCUUUGGAUUUUUACUGAGUGUGGGAGAGAUGGGCAGGGGAGGUCUGGCAUCCAGCAGGACCAAGGUCUUAGUUGAAUAUUUAACGACCCUGUUGUCAAACUUGUUGCUUUUUCUCCCUUGGGGAUUUCUCACUGACUGACCCUCCUUCUAUGGCAGGGCCCUUCCUGCCUUACAAUUGCCCUUGUCCAGCUGUCCCCUAAACCUCAUGAUUCUUAACCACUAUAUUCCUUAGGGGGAUUUCUGCUGUCUCUGCUUUAGCCCACUAGGCCCUGCCCUGCGGCCACCUUUCCACAAGUAGACUGGCCUGUCAAAAUAUUUGCCAAAUAGACAGUUCUCCCCUAAAAGAAAUUGUGUAUUCAGCUCUACAAACUUAGAACUCUUCAGCGUUGUGAUCAGCAGAAUAAUGUCCCCCGUCCCCAAAGAUGUCCCCAUCCUAAUCACCAGCACCUGUGGAUAUGUUAGGAUACAAGACACAGGGGAGUUUAAGGGAGCAGAUGGAUUUAAGGUUGCUAAUCAGCUGACCUUAAGAUUAUCCUGGAUUAUCUGGUGGGCCCAAUCGAAUCACAAGAGUCUUUAAAUGUAGAAGAGGGAGGCAGAAGAGUCAGAGACUUGUAAGCAAGAUUGGACAGCUGUUUUGAAGAUGGAGGAAGGGGCCACAAGCCAAGGAAUGCAAGUGGCCUCUAGAAGCUGGAAAAGGCCAGAAAACUGAUUCUCCCCUAGAACCUCUGGAAGGAAUGCAGCCCUGCGGACACCUUCAUUUUGGAGGUAAGCCAACUAGGACCAGAUGGAUUUCUGACCAAUAGGACUGUGAGGAGAUAAAAUUGUGUGGUUUUAAGCCACUAAGUUUGUGGUAGUUUGUUAAAGCAGCAAUAGAGAACUUAAUACAGGUCUCAUGCAGUUUUCCUCAUUUUUACCUUAUUUCCUAAAAUUCAUGGAUUUUUUUAUUGUUCCGUCAUCCUUUGUAAUGACAGAAGACUUAAUCCUGUGUAGGCGUCGUUUUCAAAGACUGCUAACUGACAGUAAAGGGCUGGGGAAGACCUCACAAAAGCAGAACCUCUAAGCCUCUGCCUGGGCUGGGCAGCGGAUAGUGCAGAAUCUCCUUUGGUGUAAUGUUUACCUGACCUAACGUGAAGGUCCAAGUUCAGGUUAGUGUAAGAGUAUUAUAAGAGUUCACUCACUCAGGCUUGGGAGCUAAUGCUGUCUGAUGUGUACAGCCUCAAAGUAGAAGAAAUGACCUAAAGCACAUAAUUUGUGAAUUUGCCCAUUGUUUUUCACUUAAAUAGUAUCAUAUAGUAAAAGUGGUAUAUGAAAUAAUGUUAAUGGAAAUAAUUUUGUGAAAUAAAGGCCACUUGGGAAUAUUUGAGCAAUGCUA